CCAUUCCUUCUUCUCGGCCUCUUCUAUUAGCACUGUUUGCUCUAAUAGCACCCAGUGAUCUCCCCUGUCUCCUCAUCCUCCAGUUCUUUUCUAUAUUUAUCUCCGUCUUUUUUCUUUACCCCCUUCCUCCGUCUCUAGUCCAACUUCAACAGGCAGUCAGUCAUCUUUAUACAACCAUCCAUCUAUAUACAAACAUACGUACCUUCAGCUGUAUGUAUGUAUGUAUAUAUAUAUACCCAUCUCUGUCUGUAUAAAAUGGAUGUAUAAAGCCUAGUGUCCUGCCUCAAAACCAUUUAUGUAUCAUACAACAAGGAAAAAAGAUCCCACAAACCAGAAUUCUAAGCCUGGAACCGUUCCUUGUCUUCUCAAGAAUCAGUGAUGUCGACUGUCUCACUUCAUUCUUCCGCCAGAGUCUGCCUUCGGCUAAACAAUUUUCAACCUCUGGCAAGAAUUCCAAUUCACUACUAAACGAGUUGUAUAUAUAUAUAGCACCCAGUUAUAUAUAUAUAUAUAUAUAGCCGCCUAUAUAUCUAUAUAAUUAUUAUGUCUGUUAUAUAGAUAUAUAGAAUCUAUAUAUGUGUGUGAAGGAAGGAAAAAUUCCUUGCAGGAAGAAAAGAAGGGACAGUCGUAGUAAAUAGUCAAAGAAAAAUCAGACGGAAAAAAAGCUCUAAGAAGAAAAAACCAAACAAAAAAACGAGACAGCGGAUAAUUAUAAUUUAAUAAUAAUUAAGAAAGAAGCAAGGUUGAUUUUUCUCUUUCUUUCUGAUGAUAAUUAAUUAAGCAAUUCGUACCACUACCUCAUCAUCUGUGGUUCCCCCCGAUCUAAUCUGAAGAAGAUAUAUCGAAAAGUCUGAGUGUAAUAUCUCCCUCUGUAUCAAACGGCAGCAACUGGUCGGUUGAUGAGUGUUGUUGCUCCACCACUAUUUAUUAUUAUUAUUAUUAUCAUCAUCCCGUAGUAGUGAUAUUAAUAAUCUUCAUAGUACAAUGGAGGCUGGAGACACGGAAGGUUCUACACUGGAAGAGAGCGAUAUAAUAGAAAUCAUUCCAACAGAAGACUACGAUAUUGGGAAGGCGAAGCUACGUCUGUCUCUUUCCUGGAUACUAGAAAAGGCUUAUGCGGACUGUAUUCCACAUGACUUCUUAGAACUAUUUUAUGAAAAUGCCCAAGGCUUGUGCCUUCUAAAACCUCAAUUAGUACUCAAAUUAUCAUCAGGAGAAAUUUACAUUCUUGCUUGCAAUAACAUAUUCCUUGAAUAUUCAGGAUCCUUAAAUAGUUUUUCCAGUAUACUUCAGGCCCUGUCUCGGAAGGGAUUUUACAUCAGUGAUUAUGAGGGUCAGGCUAUAACAGAAUCGGUUUUAUUACAAACUUCUCCCUUUAAAGUGAAAGCCCACUUAAGUUUCCUGGAUGUCUUAAUGAAAGCCUACAUUAAUACUUUGGUGUCUAUAGAUCAUAUUGUACACAGCCUUUGUUGCUUUACUAACCUUGAUGUCUCCCAACACAUAUUGAGUACUGUAGAAGAUGCAUUAUUAUUAUGGGUGAAUCAAGUCUGCCUUUAUGUCCAACAGUUAUUACAUAAGGAAAGCCAGAGUCACCACGAUGCCCUCGGUGGUCAGAAGUUUUGUGAUCCUACGAUACCAGUGUUAAAUGGAUUGAGUAAUAUUGGAGAUGGAUGUAGUCUGGCUGUGUUAAUAAGCUUCUACCGCUCAGAUAGCUUAAGAUUACAAGAUAUUGUAAUAAAGAAAUCCCCAAGUAUUGCUGAUUGCCUUUUCAAUUUGCGGUUGAUAAAGAACUUCUGUGACCGUUGCAUGUCUACACCGAAAUGCUUUCAUUUUACCUAUGAAGACCUCCUGUACUGCAAUGAAUUUAUCACCCUUAACGUAUAUGUCUAUUUAGCUGAAUUAUUUAAUAAAUUUGAAAAUCCUUCAUCCAGUACUUCAACAAAUCUACAAACAGAAAAUAAAAAUGGUGUUUCUAAUGAGAGAAGAUAUAAUCAGCAGUCUAUAGCUAAUGUACCAAUUAGUAAUGUUACCAAGAAGAGUUUUCAAACUUACGACAUUAGUUCUAUCUCCCAAGAUACUUCCAACUCAAUUUCUGCUCCUCCAACUCGAGAACCAUUGUUAUCAAAACGGUAUUCACAAAAAGAUGUUGAAGAACCACAUUACACAGUUCCUGGCAGAGCUUCUAAAGUGAGAACACACCCCUCCUGGCAUGACCAGUUGGAUGGUUCUCCUGCUCUGCUGGCAUACUCAAACGUUGAUGGCAUCGGUAACAUGGCUUACAAUCCAAAGCCUGAUGUAGAUAACUGGGUUGCCUCUCAGGGACCAUCUUCAGACCCUCUGUUACCCGCUCGGCUGAAACCAGCCAAAGAGAAAAACUUCAACCACAGCAAAGAGGCCGAGAGAGGUGACCAACAUAAUAUGAAAAUGAGUUCACCGUGUCGUGGUGGCUCGCAUGGGAAGCAGACGUCUCGGAUACUGGAAGAACCAAUGAUAUUGGAUCCUACUGAUCAAUAUGGUGGUGACAUCAGCAGAGAAGAGUCAAGUCUACAGCAGCUCUUCAAGAGAAGUUCUAUGCCCACUGAACAGUCGGCUACAUUUCCUCGUAGUCGGCAUAGCUCUGGGGUAGGUAUUCAAUCAUUGAAGUAUUGUUUUUAA